CACUGAUGUAUGUCUACCUGAGAGGAGUAGCCAGGAGACCGUUGAUCAAUCCUUUAAAGAUGAUCCCAGGAGCAAUCAGCAAGCCAUAGGCAAACAUGUCUUGGUGACGGCUACACCUGGAUCGAAGUACCUACCUGGUGAAGUUUUCUCUCAUGGCAAAGAAGUGUCAGGAUCUGAAAUUCUACCAAGAAAAGCUAAAGAAACACAGGUUCUUGUACCUGUUAAUGAAAAUAAUGCGCGGCGACACGAUAAGAAUAACGUGGAUGAAAACUCUGAUUUUGAUGUAAAUAGAUCCUCUAACACUAUAGCUCUACCGAAAAAUGACAGCACAAAUCGUAAGGGGAUUAUGGAUAAGAGGCGUGAGGAAACACCCACUGGACCCAUGCAAGAGUCGAAGAAAGCAGAGUCAAAUGAUGACUUUACGGGGAAUGUUCCAUCAGAGGAUUCACUGGCACUCAGCACUGAAGACACCAGUUUGAGUGAAAAUCAUGGCGAGUAUUUCUGUGACUAUCAGAGAUUGACUAUAGACUCAGUUAAAGACCAGAAAGAGACGCAGAUCAGUGAAAGCACUGAUUACAAAACAAUGAGAGUUCUUGAUCCAUUAAGGUCGGGUUCCAUACUAACUCAGCUUAAAAGUCCUGAAAGCUCAAGCGCUAAAAACCAAGAAAGCCUGUCAAGUGAUUUACCAAUAGUUACAGGAAGUUCCAUUGUAAAGCAAAGCUCUGACAAGCUCAAUGUGUUGGUCGAAGAGCACAGUACUAAGAUUAAACAGAAUGAAAAUUUCCAGCAAAAUCAUGUGUCCAAUGACGAGAAAAGCCAACUCACAGAAAUCAGUCGUGAGGACCAGGUGGUUAAGGGAAGCGCCAGUAAGAACAGUGCUAUGGGUACAGAUAGUGAUACUGAUGGGCGUCAUUUAGAGAAUUUUGAUGCAGGUAACUAUAACACUUGUGUUUUCAACGAGAGUGAUGAUGUUAAGGAACACAGCGCUACCUCUAUUAACAGUAUCACUAGUGAUCGUAAUGCUUAUGAUGACGACGACGAAGAAAACAGUGGUGACGACGACGAUAGAGAUGAUAUUGAUGAAGACAGCAAUGAUAAUGCUGAGUCUGUUGGUGAAGGAGACAAUGUAGCAGAUGAUGGCAGUGACGAAUACGCUGAGCUUGUGAUGGUGGAGUCGACAUCAGGUGAGGAUGAAGAAGAAUAUGAUAUCUUUCCUGCUGAUGAAAAUUAUUCCGAUGGAGAAGAGAAUGACGCGAAAAGUGUUGAUGAAAAUGAUUCCGAUGGAGGAGACGCGAAAAGUGAUUAUGAAGCCGAGGAUAUGGAUCUUGACUCCGACACUGAAAGAGAUACCGGCGGAAUAACAUUUCAUCAAGACACUACAAUUGGACAAAGAGUGAAAUACUCAAGGAGCAGGCAAAAGGACGAUAAACGAACAAGGAGAAAUCGAAGAAAGAAAUCUCGCAAAAGGAAGAGGGCUGAGGAACAAAAUCAGGCAUCUAGAGUCAGGUACAAAACAGAUGAUCAGAAAACGAAACCUACCUCAAACAAGAAAGAUGUUACAGUAGAGACAAAGAAGCUUGGCUCUGUGUCAGGACAUACAUUCAUGGUAACUCCUUCCGAGAGAAAUUCUGAGACUAAGUCAUUAGCAGCAAACAGUCUACCCCAGGUAAAAUUAGAGGAACCCGGAUCGCUGUUAUCGAUGGUGUCGUCAUAUACUGUGGAUCUUACGGUGGCAGCCAGUGAAAAGCUGUUGAAAAGUAAGACCCGAGGUGGACAACACGCAAAGAAGUUGAAGAAAGCAAAACGAACAGCCAAAGCUUUGGAGAGAAAAAGGAGAGGAGAACCACCACCUAGAACAAGACCAGUUUAUAAGGAGCUACCUAGACCAAUCUGCUCAUUUUACAUCGAAGGAAAGUGCCAAAAGGGUAGUGAGUGCUGUUUCCGUCAUGACAGAUCAGCUCUAGCGAAGAAGAAGGUCAUCUGCAAGUUCUACCAGCUUUCCGCUGACAACUGCCACUUGGGAGAUGACUGCGUUUUUAUGCACAGCUCAUUUCCAUGCAAAUUUUUUCACACAUCAAAAUCUUGCCGGGAAGGCGACCGGUGCAGAUUUUCCCAUGAUGCUCUAACAGACGAAACAAGCCGAAUACUUCAGGCGUUUCUCAACCCACCCCCCGAACACAAUGAUCAAUUGCCAGAAGGUACAGACGUUGAAGCGUUGAAACCGCGAAGUUCUGAUUCAAAUUUGCCCGUUGAAGACAGCAUGCAAUCUGGACAUUCGUCUCCAUACAAUCUACGGCAAGUGCACGAAAGCGGGCACUUGGUUACGAUGGAACGACACCAGGGGGCCAAGGAACACAUGGUAAAAUGGCCAGGCUUAAAAGCCCUGCAAAGGCAGACAAAGACACCACACAGGUCGUAGAAGAGGAAAUGGGCCCGUUCGUACCAGGAUUAUGCAGAGACUUGUCUAUAUAGAGGCCUGACCUAACGUCUCUCCUUCAUUGGCUUCCUUAGUCAAUGAAUGAAAAAGAAAUCAAACGAACAUUCUAAGUCGACAGAAGGUUGUCAAAGAUCUCAACUUGCUAAGGGCAGAUCAGUCGGUUACGUGUUAAAGAGUUCAAGGAGUUCAGCUUGAGGAGUACAAGAAGUCAAAGAUGGCCAACCGGGAACGAAUCCUUUACGUUUAAAGAGAAAUCGAAGACCGAUUAUAGUUCAUAUUAGUCCAAAUGUGUUUCCAGGUUUUCGUUAACUGUUAAAAUAAUUUCCUUUUAGUUUUCCAUUUUUCUAAAGGCGCGUGUGCCAUGAAUGGAUGUUUAGGAUUUGAUGCUUCAUUGUGCUUGAAAAAUAUCCAAAAUUUCACGCUCAAUAAAAAG